AGAGAGAGAGAGAGAGAGAGAGAGAGAGAGAAGGGGGGGAAAAGAUCAAAAGCCAAGCAAGCAUCUCUCUUGUGUGGGGUUAUUUAUUAUUAUUAUUACUUGGUGUGUAACUACCGCCCCCAAAGGCAGGAAGAGUGAGUCGAGUCGAGUCGUGUAUUAUUAUUAUUAUUAUUAUUAUUAUUAUUAUGUGCAGCGAGUGAGUAUUUCUUCCUUCCCCGUCGCUUGGGUUGUUCCCGUGUCCUGUCUGUCCUGUCCUGUCCUGUCCCUUUUGUCCUGUCAGCCCGGUCGGUUUGUUUAGUGAGCUCUCUUCCUCUUCCUUCGCCCCAACCACUACCACCACUACCACCACCACCAACCACUACCACCACUAAACAGUUAUACCCUACCUGCCCUACGGCCCCUACCUACCUACCCUUCCACUCCCACUCACUCCCACUCCCACUUCCACUACUCCCCUCCAACCACUCACUCCUCUUCCUCCAUUUCCUCCUCCUCCUCUUCCUCCGCCUCCGCCUCCCCCUCCCCCUCCGACCUCUCCUGUUCCUAUUCCUAGCAUCCACCCAUCGAUCUAUCUACCUUAACACCCUGCCUCUGCUGGCUGUUAUCGCUCCUCUCCUCGACUUUCCUCCCCCUCCCUUUGGCCUGCUCCCGCGUCUCCGCCAUUCAUUCUUCCUCCAUCAACGUCACCUCUAGCAAACUAGCCAGCCUAUUCCACCACCAAACUCCUCCACCACACUCCUCCACUACUUACUCUUCCUCUUCACCACCACCACCACCUUCUUCGUACUCAUCGUUCGUCCAUUAUUACAUACCUUUCUCCUCCCAUCACCGCUUCUACUGCCACUCGCGCCACUACCCUACUACGGCUCCUUUCACCUACACCUGCGCCUUGUCCUGUCCCGCUCCCCUAACAACCAUACUACCACCUACCUCUUCUCGCCCAUCUGCUCCUGUACCCCCCUCUCUGUAACCACAGUGACUGUAGCCUUGGUCUCUUCCUCUUUCAUCAUUGUCUUGUCUUCAAGCUUAUUCUCUUGUGUCUGUUUCAAUUCAAAACACAUACACACACACACACACACACACACACACAAACACACAGAGGGAGAGAGAGAGAGACAGAGAGAGACACAGACACACAGAGGCAGAGAAUAUCCACAAACCAUUCACAAAACAUUCCUUCAUUCAAUCAUUCACUCAAUUCGCUCUCCUCCUCAUAUCUCUCUAUCUAACCCACGCUUUCUCCUCUUCCCGCGACUUGUGUUGAUUCGACAGGUCGUAGAUCGCCACAGUUGUCAUUUAAAAAUCACCACGCCUUAGUUUCGUUUCGCCCAAGACGGGUCUCCACACGCAUCCCCUCCCUGCCACCUGCCGCCAUUCUUUGCUCAACUGCAGCCCUCCAUACUCUCGAUAGCCCUGAACCUGAAUACCACUCUCCUACCGUCCGCGAACCGACGACAACAACGGCGGCGACGGCGGCGAAACCAAAAAUCAACGGAAGAGUAUAGUACAAUAGCGCUUCUUUCUAUAUUCCUCUCGGGCACUGGGGGCUCUCAGACCGAGUCAUGUCACAAAAUCGUCCAGGGGUGUUUUCGAGCUUACGAAUGGGGGAAGUAAUUCGUGAGAAGGUGCAGGAUGGGUUGACAGGAGAGACAAGGGAUAUGCAAUAUACCCAAUGCAAGAUUGUGGGAAAUGGUUCAUUUGGUGUGGUCUUUCAAACCAAGAUUGCUCCCUCUGGCGAGGAUGCAGCCAUCAAAAGAGUGUUGCAGGACAAACGCUUCAAGAACCGCGAACUGCAGAUCAUGCGCAUUGUACGGCAUCCAAAUAUCGUCCAGCUGAAGGCUUUUUACUAUUCCAACGGAGAAAGAAAAGACGAGGUCUACCUUAACCUUGUCCUCGAAUUCGUUCCCGAGACUGUCUACCGUGCAUCCCGUUAUUUCAGCAAGAUGAAGACAACCAUGCCUAUGCUGGAAGUAAAGCUUUACAUCUACCAGUUGUUCCGCUCUCUGGCAUAUAUACAUUCCCAGGGUAUCUGCCAUCGUGACAUCAAACCGCAAAAUCUCCUACUGGACCCCAACACGGGGAUUCUGAAACUCUGCGAUUUUGGCAGCGCCAAGAUCCUCGUCGAAAACGAACCGAACGUGUCAUACAUCUGCUCCCGUUACUAUCGUUCACCGGAACUCAUUUUCGGUGCAACCAACUACACCACAAAGAUUGAUGUGUGGUCGACCGGAUGUGUUAUGGCGGAAUUGAUGCUCGGUCAACCCCUCUUCCCUGGCGAAUCAGGCAUUGACCAAUUGGUGGAGAUCAUCAAGGUGCUUGGAACUCCCACUCGUGAACAAAUUCGAACCAUGAAUCCGAACUACAUGGAACACAAGUUCCCGCAGAUCAAGCCACAUCCAUUCAACAAGGUCUUCCGCAAAGCUCCUCCUGAAGCGAUCGAUCUCAUCACAGCGCUCCUCGAGUAUACCCCUACUCAACGCCUUUCAGCGGUCGAGGCUAUGUGCCAUCCAUUCUUCGAUGAGCUUCGGGACCCCAACACUCGUCUGCCAGAUUCCCGUCAUCCGAACAACCCUCCGAGACAACUUCCUAACUUGUUCGAUUUCUCGCGCCAUGAGCUUUCGAUCCUGCCAAGCAUGAACAGUAGGUUGAUCCCUGCUCAUGCACAGGCUGACCUCCUCGCUCGUGGUAUCGAUCUCGAUAAUUUCACGCCGCUUACGAAAGAUGAAAUGCUAGCCCACCUUGAUUGAGUCGACAUGGGUUAAAGUGUCACGAAAUUCUAACAUGCUUGUUCAAAAGCGCUAUCGCUAUCACGGUGCGCGCGAUCCUUUCAAAAAAAUUUCAAUUUGCCUCAGCGGGAGAUCCGAAUUCAUGCAUGGGGUGGUCGUCUUUGUUUAGCUUUCCUUUUUUCUCUUGUUUCUCUCCUCCUUCCUUUUGCUCUUUAACUUCUUUUACACAUCCAACAAAGCCAAAGUUUUCCUUGAAUAUGUUUUAGACCCUGACGUCGAACAAAAACCUUUCGGGAACAUUCGACAUCCUCAGGAAGGAGGAAGAAAGGGAGCAAAAAGUACCAUCCAUGUUUUUUUCAUGACGGACUCACGUGGCAAUGAAUCGACGACCUCGAGAAUGAAUGUAGUAGGGCCACACACGGAGAGAGUGUGUACGAAAUGCGUGGUGAUUAUUGGGAAUUGGGAAUAUGUGUUUUCGCACAGACUCCCAGACGGGGAAACAAGCGAACGAAACGGGAACGAAGGGGGAAAAUCGAAACAAAACAAAAAAAAUGACAAAAAAAAUAAUAAUUUGAUACCCCACCACCCCCAGAACCACCCACCACCCGGCACGAAUUCUUUGUUUUAUUUUCAUUUUUCAGUUUCAUUUUAAUUUUUUAUUUCUUUACUGGGGAUCCUUUGUUGAAAUGGGGUUGUUAUUGCGUUUUGUAUUUUGUGCUUUGAAAUGCGCCAGUUUUAUUACUCGGCUUAGCGUUUACAUGGGACAUGGAAGGGUACCUGAUGAAGGGAACGGGUUGAUUGGGGGAGGGGAAGGAAAGGGGAAGGGAACGGUGAGGGGAUGGGGAGAGCGAGAGGGAUGGUUUACAGUGCAAAGCGGAGGGGAUCAGGGGAGUUGUUCUGAGGAGGGUUGUGGGAGCAGGUAUACCUAAAUGUAUUCACUCCGCCUGUUCUAUCAUCAUUUUUCUUUUCACCUUUCUUUCUUCCACUCUGUUUUUCUUUGCUAUUGGACUUUUCCCUUGACAAGAAAAGACGGCUAGGUGGAUAGGAUAAAGGCGUAUUCGUAUCGUAUCGUGAUGGAUGGGGGGGGGUAUGCAAGGGGAGCUGGGAGUGGAGAUUGAGGACAUGUGGAUACUGGGGAUGGAGAUGGAGGAGAUAGGAUAGGGGGCCAUCCAUAUAGGGGGCGGGGACAAGGGGCGGGUGGGAAGCUGAGAGAAACACGGAGAGAGGGAUACAAAGCCUCCCUACUACUACCCUAUAUACCUAGUGCCUUGACUAGUAACUAGCAUUUCCCCCCCUUUUUUUAUGAAACGUUAUGCCAAUGUUAUUAUAUUAUUAUUAUUAUCAUUGAAUGUUUUUUACCUCUUCUUUUUGCCCUUUUUUUAUUUUUUCUUUCACUUUUGUGUGUAUUCUCAAAUUUUUUUUAAAUUCUGUUUUUAUUUUUAUUUUCACUUCUACAUUUUUAUUUUACUAUUAUUUUUAUUAUUAUUAUUAUUAU